AUGGUGAAAAAGACCGCGCAAAAGGGGGAUACAGCGGUAGCAACUGCGCGAGGUGUGAACGGUGGACUGGUCAGAAGUGGGAAGGGAAAAAGGGAAGUUCUAGCAGGACACUACAAGAGACUUGGAGUGCCCUCGGAGAAUGAAGCUUUUGACCAAGUGUUUAAGAAGGAGGUGGACGCAUGGGCCCAAAAAGAAGAAGAGACAUCGAAGGCAGACGUUGGGAACGUAGAACUAGAAAAGGAGUUCACUGAGGACGAGGUUGAGGCGUGUGUGAACAAGCUGAAGUGCCACAAAGCAGCAGGAGCGGAUGGGAUAGUCAACGAGUUCAUGAAGUUUGGGGGGAAGGGGAUGAUCCAGCUGAUGGUACUGCUGUACAAUUGGGUGUGGAAAAACGAGUAUACGCCAAGUAGAUGGAGGGAAGGAGUGGUUGUGAACUUGUUUAAGAAAGGAGACAAGACUGACCCAGGAAACUACAGGGGGAUCACACUGUUGAACACAGUAGGAAAAGUGUUCUGUAAGCUGCUGAACGAUAGGAUAGUGGGAGUAUUGGAGAAGGAACAUAGCAUUAGUGAGGGCCAGGCAGGUUUCCGCAAGAAGAGGGGGUGCGUAGACCACGUGUUCACGGUAGGGAGAAUCAUCCAAGGUAGAAAGAGGGCGGGAAAGCCGACGUACUGCUUCUUCCUGGACGUGAAAAAGGCAAACGGCACCGAAUGCUGUUUGCGGAUGAUUUUGUCCGAAUGUCGGACACCCCUGAGGGGACUGCAACUGCAAAUUAACGCGGCGAAGAAGUUUUCUGAUAAGUGGAGAUUGUCUGCCAACGUUGAGAAGAGUGCCGUCAUGGUAUGCAACGAGAACGAGGAGGAACCAGUUGAACAUAGAUGGAAGUGGGGGAUCGAGGAGAUUGCAGUAGUGGACUAA